AUGGUGCCCGGGGAUCGCGAUCGCGACGCAGUUCGGCAUUUUCCGGCCGCAGCCGGCGCAGCGCUUCAAAGAGGUGGCGGCCGCGGAGAAUGUGACGCCGUCGAUAAUCGCGCCGCGGAUGCUUCCACCGCAUUUGCCGCUCCGCAUGACGCGCGGCGGGAGCAGCCACAGCUGGACGGCGCCGGGCCGGCGGCGCGAUUCACCGCGGAGACUGCAUCUGCGGCGGAUGUGGAGCAAUGGCUGCGCGCGCUGGAAGAGGUUAGCGGCGCGGCAGACGGCGACCUUGCUGGCGCGGCGCUGGCGCCAGGCUUGCAGAUUCCUCUCGAUUUGCUCCAACAGUCUGCGGACGCCGCGUUGUUCGCUCAGCUACAGAUGCUCUCCACGCCGCCUUUCGACGCGGACCUUCACGACGCGGUGGCGCUGAUAGGCAUGCGUGGGGCGGACGCGUCAGGUGCACUGCUGAUCGGGAGCCGGCCAAGCCAACCCGCCGUGCGGUCUCCACGCGGAGCGAGUCAGCCGAGCCAAGCAGGUGUUAGGUCGCCGCGGGCAGGAGCAGGUGGUGCGCCUGGUGAGGCGAGAGGCAGUGGGGAUGGAAGCACGCAGGCGCUGGACUCACCCCGCGUGGGCGGAUCAGGUGCAGGAGGGGAAGUGCGGGCGCCAGGAGUGAAAGCCCCGGCGAUUUCCGAAGGCCGAGGAGGUGCGGGGCCUGCCACGUCAGCAGCGUUGUCGGGAGGCGGGGCGGGUUUGUCGGCUGGAUUGUCGGUGGAGGACGACUGGCGGCCGCGCAGUCGAACUCGGUUUGACGCCGAGGCGAUGCGGAAAGGGGAGAUUAAGCCACGGAGCAUGAAGGAGAGACGGCGGAGAGACAAGAUCAGCGAGGGUUUGAGGCAGCUAAGGCAAGCCAUACCAGAAAGUCUGCUGGGCGCACAACAAGACAUGGGCGCUAUGAUCGAAGCAGCAGUGCUACACAUAAGCAAUCUACAGGCACGAGUGAGCAAGCUCGAAAGAGGUGCCGCGAUUGAAGAGAUUGUAGACAGAAUGCAACCAUGA